AUGAUUAAAUCUCCAGGAAUAGGUUCUAACCGACCACUAUCAGGUCAACUUUAUAAAUAUACAAAUGUAGUCAAAGGGUGGCAGCAGAGGUGGUUUGCCGUAGAUCCCGAAACAGGUGUUUUAUCGUACUAUUUGUUUGAUGGACCUGGAGACACUGUACAACCUGGACAGCCGGCGAGAGGAGAGGCACACUUAGCUGCAGCAGUCGUAUGCCCAAGUGAUGAAGAUUCCCGGACAUUUACCAUCAACUGUGCUUCAGGGGAUAUGCUGAAAUUGAGAGCAACAGAUGCUCGUGCUCGCCAAGAAUGGGUGAAUGGUUUGCGGGCUAUAGCAGAAAUACAUACGAAGGCUAUGGGAGCAAAUCCACCAUUACAACCAAGGGAACAACUUGCAGUACAUGACGCCAUGGCAUCUGCUCGCCAACAGCUGCAAGCUACAGAGUUAAGUGACGCUGCGUUGGCACGAUGCAUUGAAUCCUCCGACUCUCCAUUCCCUCAUACAGAUCCAGAUUUACUUCUUCUAAAGGCAACAUCGGCGGCCAGUAUGCAGUGUCUCUUGCAAUGUCUCGGCAUUCUUCUGCGCCAACAACAAUAUGCAACUCUAAGCAUUUCCAAAACAUCGAAUAGUGAUCAC